UGCCCCCGCCCCCCUCCUCACUCCCCAGGAGAGGAGACUGCCUUUUGGGACUGGCAGGCUCACCGUGGAGCCAUCAUGAGCGAUGUCACUAUCGUCAAAGAAGGGUGGGUGCAGAAAAGAGGAGAAUACAUUAAGAACUGGAGACCGCGCUACUUCCUGUUGAAAACCGAUGGCUCCUUCAUUGGUUACAAAGAGAAGCCCCAAGAUGCUGACCUCCCUUACCCUCUCAAUAAUUUUUCUGUGGCAAAAUGCCAGCUGAUGAAGACAGAACGACCAAAGCCGAACACCUUCAUCAUCAGGUGUCUGCAGUGGACCACGGUCAUCGAGAGGACCUUUCAUGUGGACUCUCCUGAGGAAAGGGACGAGUGGGCAGACGCCAUACAGACUGUGGCAGAUAAACUCCAAAGACAGGAGGAGGAGAGAAUCCAGUGCAGCCCCACGUCACAGAUCGACAACAUCUGUGAGGAGGAGAUGGACACCUCCACCAGCCACCACAAACGCAAGACAAUGAAUGACUUUGACUACUUAAAGCUCCUGGGAAAAGGCACUUUUGGAAAAGUCAUUCUAGUGAGGGAGAAGGCAAGUGGGAAAUAUUAUGCAAUGAAGAUUCUGAAGAAAGAAGUCAUUAUUGCAAAGGACGAGGUGGCUCACACACUUACAGAAAGCAGAGUGCUAAAAAACACGAGACACCCUUUCUUAACCUCUCUGAAGUACUCCUUCCAGACUAAAGACCGCUUGUGCUUCGUUAUGGAAUAUGUCAACGGCGGCGAGCUGUUUUUCCAUUUGUCGAGAGAGAGGGUGUUCUCCGAGGACCGCACGCGCUUCUACGGCGCCGAGAUCGUCUCCGCUCUCGACUACCUGCACUCCGCCAAGAUCGUGUACCGCGAUCUCAAGUUGGAGAACCUAAUGCUUGACAAGGAUGGUCACAUCAAAAUCACCGACUUCGGCCUGUGUAAAGAAGGAAUCACUGAUGCUGCCACCAUGAAGACGUUCUGUGGUACGCCAGAGUACCUGGCGCCAGAGGUGCUGGAGGAUAAUGACUACGGGCGGGCGGUGGACUGGUGGGGGCUGGGCGUGGUCAUGUACGAGAUGAUGUGCGGCCGACUGCCCUUCUACAACCAGGACCACGAGAAGCUGUUUGAGCUCAUCCUGAUGGAGGACAUCAAGUUCCCCCGAACCCUCUCCGCCGAUGCCAAGUCCCUACUGUCCGGGCUGCUCAUUAAGGACCCUAACAAGAGACUUGGCGGUGGUCCAGACGAUGCAAAGGAAAUAAUGCGGCACAGUUUCUUUACUGGAAUCGACUGGCAGGAUAUCUACGAUAAAAAGCUCAUACCUCCAUUCAAGCCUCAGGUGUCGUCAGAGACGGAUACCAGGUAUUUUGAUGAAGAAUUCACAGCACAGACGAUUACAAUAACACCUCCUGAAAAAUUUGAUGAAGAUGGUAUGGACUGCAUGGAUAAUGAGAGACGGCCUCACUUCCCCCAGUUCUCGUACUCGGCCAGCGGGCGGGAGUGACCCCACUACUGCCUCCGACAGUACCCACCCCCCCAAACCCCCAGACCCCAAGACCCCCAAACCUCUAAUCCCCCAAACCCCAGCCUACGUAUAUUUCUGUGUCUUUAUUUAUUUUCUGGAUGGGGAAACCAUUAGAAGCCUUUCUUCGGUUGCUAUUUUUGGGAAUCUCUUACUUGGAAUUUUGCACGUUGGGCCAGAUCAUGCCGGUGCUCUGGCCGGGGUGAAGCCACCUGCAUUGUGGAUGACUGCAAGCGACCGUUCGGUCAUAGGUUUUAUAUGUUUGUCUGUCACUUCUUUACUUAAACUACUGUGUUUUUUUUGGUUGAAAGCCGCUCACAUUCCUCAUUGAGAACAAGAACAAUAAAACGCUGCCUUACACGUUCCAUUUCAGACAUUUCAGUCGGCAUGGCUCGUGGGUUUGCAGAAGCCUUUCUGUCCACAUUGCUGUGGGUUUCAAAAAAAGUUAAUGGUACACGGUACUUCUAAGUGAGUGUUAACCACUCAAUUGACAUGGCGUUGUUGCUUCUUUAAGCUUGUUUUAGGGUAGAAACUGCCAGAAAUUAUUCUCUCAGGUGACACAGAUGACAGCUGUGUUCAACUCAACUACAGGUAUUAUUAGCUUUACUCAACACUAACAAUGCCAAACAGUCUCUCUGCAGUAACCUCUCUUGGACAAAAGGCAGUUAUCUUAACUGUAAUCAGAAUUAAUGACUUUUUUUUGAGGUUGAGCUUUUCAUUUUAAAAAAGUCAUUAGCUGUUGUUUUUAGUUACACAAUAAACUGUGACGCUCACUUUCCGCUUGUAGUGAAAUUAGCUUGGGUGCAUGAACAUUUAAAGAGGCAAUAACUCAGGAUAUCCCUCUCAGACAAUGUAUUGAGAGGGCUGUGCUGAUAUCACUCUAGACAGUGCACUUGGAAGGCCAUACUGAUAUCAGUGGCAGUGCACUCGGAUGUCCAUACUGAUAUCACUCUUACAAUGCACAUGGAAGGCCACACUGAUAUCACUCUGGCAAUGUAGUGUUGUAAUGUAAUGUAGUGUAGUGUAGGACUAUGCACCAAGCUGUGUGUGAAUAUGAGCUCCUACAGUAACUCAAAAGGUACUGCAAUUCACAGCAAUGUGGGCCCAGGGGGUCCUGCGAACUGGAGCCAUGCAGUUUCCCAGCCAGUAGGCAGUCUGGCCAGUAACGUAGACCGUCUAGCCCGAGCUCAGAUGAAAAACAGAAUCUGACUGUCUGGGAAGUGUGAGAAAGAGGAAACAUAGGUACAUGUCCUUCUGAGGUUCUGGAGAUCCACUUUACUGAUAACACACACACAUACACAAACAUGCUGUGUGUGUGUGUGUGUGUACGUGUGUGCGUGUUUGUGUGUAAUUGUAAAAAUAUAUUUAUGUUACGGCAGAUAUGAUUCUUCCCUUCAGUGAUGUAAAUAUGCAAUGCUUUUUUUUAGACAUAUCAUUGCUAGAAAGCAAGAUUUGUUGUGUUAUUGUAUUAAUAGCUGGCUGACAAACAAAACUUCUUUUUUUUGAAGCUGAGAACUUUAUGGGUUGUACUUUCUGCUGAAGCUCAGUGCUGGGGGAGUGGCCGGGGGUUGGGGGCGGGGCCAGUGUUAAAACGUGCACUCGCAGGAAGAAUGAACCGCUGACCAGGCAUUCAGAAAUGGGCGGAGCAGAAAGAGUGAAGCACUGUUAAUAUUAUUUUGUUCUUCAGAUAAAGUGAGUUCUUUUUUGAGACUUUAUUUUUGUUUGUUUUUGCAUUUGCUUCAAAUUGUUUUAUUUAUUUGUUCUUGUAAUUUAAUUGUUCUGGUUGUUACGAGUGUUGUCCAGUCUUGUUCUGGAUCUAAGAGGCACCUCUAAAUGGCUUAAGAAUGUAGUUGGGCACAGUGUUGAGGCCUUUUCUGUCAUUUUUUCUUUCAUGUUUCCAUUUCUUUUUUUGCCUGCAUAUUAGUUUAGAAAACCUGCAAAAGUCCUCCUAUAGCCAUUAUUACUGUGGUAAUAUUUAUUUAUUGUUAGUAUUCAUAAUUGAGCAUUUCAGGGGCUGAAAAUUAUUUUUCUUUACAGUAUGUUAAAAUUGUUGAUAUCAGUUUUGUUCCGCUGGUGAAAGGGGCUGUUUGAGAUGGAAAACCCAGUGUAACAGACAUCUGGUCAUUCUGAAGUGUGGAUUUACUGUACUCUGAAUCACAGCUCUCAAAGUGCAGUCCUGAGGGCCAUAGGGUCCGCACAUGCAGGGCUGCAGUGCAUGCAGGUUUAACUCCAGUCCUGGAGAGCCACAGUGCGGGUUUAACUCCAGGCCUGGAGAGCCACAGUGCAGGUUUAACUCCAGUCCUGGAGAGCCACAGUGCAGGUUUAACUCCAGUCCUGGUGGGCUGCAAUGCAUGUAGGUUUAACUCCAGUCCUGGAGGGCCGCAGUGUCUGCAAGUUGAGCUCUGACCUGGGUUCUGCAGGACAAAAAGUGGAUAGUUAUUUUAAGCAACACUUACAGGGGCUAUACUUUAAAAUAUUCUUGUAUCUGAACAAGUCCAUUCAAUAAGAAAUUGCUGACUGAAAUCCAGGUCUCACUGUGCUGCAUAGUUCAUAAGUUCAUAAUAAGUUGGAUGUGGAUACUGUAGAUGGUCUUGAGCAGAUGGGCAAGAAGCUGUACUUCAUUAACCCCAGUGCAUGUGUGAUCAGCAUUAAAGGAGAUUACCAGUUACAGGAGUUACUCUGUUUUCCAUUAACACUGCCUUUAACCAGUCUCUGAAUCCCCAAAUCUAUGGCAGCUGCUUAAAGUGACAAUGUUCAGAAGAAUUUUGUCUCUUUUCUUAGAUUAGUAGAGAUCCUUUGGGACCAUAAAGAAUUGUAAGAGUCUUCCUCAUUAAGACUGAGAGUAUUGUACAUGUAAUUUAAGGGAGUCUUUCCAAUGGGGUUUUGUGGGACUCAACCCUCCCUGGUAGAUGUGAAGAAAGGGGAUUGGCUCCUACGUUGUACUGGCGGCAGGGAAGCCUCAUUUGCACAUGUACAUCUGUGUGUCACAUGGCUGAAAUUCCUAGUGAAGCAGCUGAGAAAUUAUUUGAGAAAAACGGGCACACACUCGCAACUUUGCACUUAAACAAGUAGUUCCAGGCUUGCUUUUCAUAUAUUCCUGGCAGAAUUUUCCCAACUCAAUCUUAAACGUGAUCUCCAGCAUAUAAGUGAAUGGGUGUAGAUCAUUCUUCUCUAAGGCUGCCCAUAAUUAUUGCUUAUAAACUUUUCUUUCACUCUACUACCUGCUAUAUGCUGAGCGUAGGAAGCCUUGCAGGAAACAUGCUUGACAUUAAACAUUGUUCAGAAAUGAAUUCAAAUGCUUCCAUAGCUUCCACUGUGCAUUUUAUUUCUGAAAAAUAUGUAAAUUUACAUCUACAUAAUGUAAAUCUCUGGCAUUAAAUGGUUUUUAAUUUGAUGUAGCUUAGCAACACAGAAAAAUGUUUUUGUUUUCAGAUAAAAUGGUCAAGGGUACCACGGUAAACAGAUACAUUUGAAAUGGACUGGGAAUGAUAAAGGCAUUUCAGAUGGAACGAGAACAACCAGAUACCUAAACUGUAUCUGAUUGGAUGAUUCUUUUUUUGCAAGUGAUUUCACUUUAAUUACACUGGCGGUUUGGAGCUGGUUGCAAGGUAAACAUGGUGUGUGAUUUGGAGUUGGUUGAAAAGUAAACAUGGUUUGUGGUUUGGAGUUGGUUGAAAAGUAAACAUGGUUUGUGGUUUGGAGUUGGUUGGAGAGUAAACGUGUGGUUUGGAGGUGGCUGUAGAGUAAAGGCGGUGUGUGAUUUGGAGGUGGCUGUAGAGUAAAGGCGGUGUGUGAUUUGGAGAUGGCUAGACAGUAAAUGUGGUGUGUGGUUUGGAGCUGGUUGAAGAGUAAAUGUGGUGUGUGGUUUGGAGAAGGUUGAAGAGUAAACGUGUGGUUUGGAGAUGGAGGUAGAGUAACAGUGAUGUGUGGUUUGGAGGUUGUUGUAGUGUAAAUGCAGUGUGUGGUUUGGAGGUGGAUGUGCAGUGAAUGAUUGGGAGGAGCAGACAGAAACCUGCAUAUGGAGGGCAUGAAGGCUCCUAGAGUCGGAUAGAGAGUAAAUCCCAGUGCUUAAACACUCUUCAGAGCAAAGAUUCAAGACUUCAAACUGAGUCACGACCCAAGCCUGUGCCCUAACAGCAUCUGUAGGAGGGUGAUACUAUAGCAAUAGAGUCAUGAUUACACAUGACUGCAGAGGUGUUGUCAGAGGGCUUUAUGGAGUUAUGAUUAAACCUAGUACAGUAUUAGGACCUCUGGGUGUUGAGGGCCCGGGGCUUUGGGGUCCUUGGGUCUUGGGGCCCCCUGAGUUAUAGGGUCCCUGGUUGUUGGGGUCCCUGGGUGUUGGAGCAAUGUUUCACUAAGACACUUGGUUUAACUUGGCAUAGAAGAACCCAAACAGACAUAAGGAGCUAAAGAGAAGUUGAUUUGAGUCUGUAUAUCUGCGAUGGACUCGUGUAAGGAGUCAUUUGAUUCUGACUGGUAAUAAUAUGGAUGUCAGACAGACAGGAGGUUAAUGUGUGUGUGUGUGUGGUGGGGGGGUGGGGGAAUUCAGUGGUUUUGGAUUAGGAUGCAGCAAGUGAGCAAGUAGAAGGAAGGUGAAUAAGUUGGUUGUUAGUGGGCGGAUGUCAUUAAGCACAGUAAGGACUGAUGAAUGUUUAGUACACCCAUGUCCCGGGGUCAACGAGGAAGAGAAACCCCCAAAGUGCUGCCACAAUCAGACAGCCAAAUAAGGCUAAUUAGCAUGUUUCCAGUAAGUUAGAGGGGAAAGCAUAACCCAGAAAUCUCUGAGAAAGUUAGCAUGUUUCUGCUAAGUUAGAGAAGGAACCAUUACCCAGAAAGCUCUGAAGUGUUGCUGUUCAUCUCAGCCCUGAAUGAAAGGGUAGGUUCUGGAAGUUCUCUCUCUAUACAUUUCAGCAUUUCACAAACUUCAUUAUUGAGUGCUGUGGUAGGGUCAUGCGGGUUGUUUCGUGGGGGUGAUUUUGAGCCACUUUUGCAAACUGAGCCAAGACGAUGUCACUGUUGUGACAAGACAGGAAUUUCACAUUAAUGAAGGGGAUCAUGGGAACGAUUUUGGAUUACCAUUGGAGGACCAGUCCAAAGCUCUUUCACAUUUACAAGGAGUUUCAUUACAGGGUACAUAGCCUUGCUGUUCCCCAUGUAAUUUGUUCUACUGAAUAAAGUUAUUAUUUAGAAAUACUGUUGCCCUGUUGGUUUUAGGCAGUAUGCACACAGUAACUAUGCGAUAUCUGCAGAAUUUCCAUGGAUAUUUGCUCGAUCCCACCAUGUUGAAAUUCUGUGCUAGGCUGCAAAUUAUUCUGGCACAAUAGAAUAAUCCAGAAGACCCAAAUAUCUAAUUCAAGGGGUCUCAUUUAUUUGGAGAACUGAGGUUCCUGAAGAAAUGACUAAAGUCAGAUUGAAUUCUUGGCAUCAGUUAAUGUCUUCCAGAAUUUACAUUUUAGUUUCCCAGAAAGAGGACGUUUUUAUUCCGACUGAAAGAACAGUAUUCAUGUAACAAUCUGGGAAAAAUCUAAAUUUACAGAAAUUAGGCUUAUUCUGCUUUGUUUUGUUUCUCGCUAUCUCACACUGCCCGUUUUAUUUAUUUGAGGAGUAACUGAAACGCUCCAUUUUGAGAUGUAUCUGGAUUGCUGACUAACUGUCUCUCAGCCCUGCAUCCUUGCCAUGGAGAUUGCAUUCCCUCUCUCCUUCAGUAUGAGGUACAGAUUUCAGUCCUCGUUCACAGAAAGAGGUGAUUUUUGCUGGCAUAUUAAUGGCCACACUAAACGUAUUCUAGGUUUAUGGUCAGCUCAGCCACAUGUUGAUAUCGUUUCAACAGAUGAGUUAUAUGGGUAAUAGAAGCUAAAUAUUAAGCCAAGCAGUGUGGUGUUGUUUGUCUUAAUAUUUCCUGUGACAAAUGAUCAUUUGAUUAUGAUGAAUAAUGCACUUAUGAAUUAGCAGUGGGCUGGUUUUGUAAGAAAAUAAGGGAUCGGGGAGGAGUUCUGUUUGGGGAUAUCUUGCAUGCCAAGGUCAUUUAAGGUAUUGCGUUGUAUACUACUGAAACAAAAAGGAUGUUUUUUUUUUUACAUAAAUGGUCAGAAAAUACAGAACAAAACACUUUUGAUUCCAUAGUCUGCGAGAAGAAAAAAAAAAAACAACUUCCAAACAUACAGCAGCUUUUUUGUCUCUGUUGCACUUUUUUAUAUUUCAGGCUGAAAAGGAAAUCGUGUCCCUGCUUAAUAUGUUUGUAAAAAAAGAAAAAAGAAAAGCACAGAUCUUCCUCCCUUUUCCCCACGCGGUGAGGCUCAGGCUGAACCCUUCUUUUCUCUGUAAAAAUGUAAUAUUGUAUGAGGUGUGGAGGACAGACGCGCGGGUGUGAUGGCGUCAGAGCAGCUGCCAGGAGACAGGUUUUACUCGGUGACACUGAUGGGGCCUGACCUCUCCCAUGAUUCCUUGCACCCCACCUCUCUCCCGGAUCCCCCCCGAGCGUCAUUUACAUCCAAACAUGUCUGACACGACGGGCGCGGAGGUGUCGUCUUCGCCGCCAAUAAGCCGCCUCAUCGGAGAGUUCUGGCGCAGCAGUGUCUCUCAGCAGUUACCAUAAGAACAACUCGCAGGUUAAACAAAGAGACGGAUGUAUGUAUGCCCACACAGGAGAUAUCACAUCAUGUUCCAUACGCCCAUCUGCAUGAUGGUGGAAGUGCCAUUCCUUUGAGUGGAUCAAUGUGCUGUUAGCCAGUCCCUCCUGGGGGGGGAGGGGGGGUCCGUCCCCUUUGUCGCGACUCGGCCAAGUAACGGUGUGGGUUCUAUCCUUACUAACUGCAGGGUCUAUAUAUAAUAUAUAUUUUACACCUCAACGUACAUACUUUGCUGCUACUGUUUGUACUGUCUACAACAGAUUUUCUUGUUAUCUUGCUCCUGGUAGUGUAUUAUGAACGAGCAUGAAUUGUAAAGUAUUUAUUUAAAAAUGACAAAUCUUAAAAAGACAAAAAAACAACUUGUAAUUAAUUUUACGUCCAUGUAGCUUUAGAGUUUGUGACAUUUCUUGACCUUGCUAGCUCUGUCAAUAGGUGUUAAGAUCUAGUCAUGUGGUUAAGGAUUUUAAGCAGAAGGGACUAAACAAAAAAAGUUCAAACAAAUGUAUUACUGUCGGUCAUAUUUAAAGAAUAAAAAUACUGUAUUUCCUUGCGUAUAGGACCCACAAGGAUGUGAAAAUGAUCUGCAAGAAACUGUUUUUGUACACUGUACAUCCUUAGUAUUUUUACACGUAAAUGUAUAUGAUAGGGGCGCACAUUAUUUUCCUUCUUACAGACGGCUUAAAUAAAGCACUAUGUCAAUCUGC